GCGUUAAGAAACGACGCCUUUUACAUUAUAAUAAGUACAAAAUUAAUAUGUCUCUGCCAAUGAAGCUUGAGUUACAACCGCAUACAGUCAUCGUGAAGCCAGGAGAUGCGGCCAACUUAACUGUGAAGGGUCCCUCUGGAAUGUGGGUGGGGUUCAAUGUCAUUGACAAAGCGUUGCUGCUACUGAAUAACGACAACGUUCUAAAGGAAGAUAAGAUCUUUAAGGAAAUGGAAGCUCGAGACCUCGGCUGUGGCGCAGGAGGGGGAACAAACAGCGAAGAAAUAUUCAAGAACGCGGGUUUAACAAUUCUGACAAAUGCUAAUGUGGAUGCUAAACUAAUACAAAGAGAGACGACUGAAUGCGACGCUAAGAAACGAAAACGACGCUCUGUCCCUGAGGAAAACGGUUGUUAUUAUGGUGCUAACCCAGUGUGUUGCAAGGGUGGCGAACAACAUGCCUUAGAUGAAAUAUACGAGUACGAACUGGCCAAGGCGCAUAAUUUAAAACCGGACAUAUCUGAGCCCGUGCCAUACAUUGUAUGCUAUUCAAAGGCAAAGAAACUUGCCGAAACGCAGCAAGAAAAGGUGCCAUCUAAAUGUCCGAUGGCGUUUUUCGAGGCUUGCGUUGUCACGAUGACGGCUGAACUGAGCACGUCCGAUGAUGCCCGCGGCAGAUCGAUAUUCAAUGACCAAGAUCAAUAUGCGAAGGACGUCAGUGCGUUAGCAGGAUUUGGAUUUCAAUUGAAAGUUCGUAAACACUUCGAAACAUCGUUCUUUUUCGAAGAACAUAUGAUAAGUGGUAAGGAAUUAACCACGUCCAUAAAAUUCAGGGACUCCAUUACAAAGUGGUCGAUUCAAGCCAUAGGUAUAACUGAGAACACGGGCGCCUGCAUCGCAACUCCAAAAGAAGUCAGUGCAUUCAAAGAGUUUUUUAUUCAAGCCGAUCUGCCCUACAAAGUAUCACGAAAGGAACAUUUCAACGUCAAAGUGACCGUGUUCAAUUAUAUUAAUAACGCUAUGAACGCUCGUGUUUAUCUGAAAGGCAUAAGAGGUCUUUGUUAUGGCUCCUUACCCGGCGAGCAGUCUCCACCACAGCUGGUCACCGUGCCUGCGAAUGGCGCUAAGACACUGACUUUUCCUAUGAUCCCACUGGAAGCGGGCCGCUAUCCAAUAACUGUGUCGGCAUUUGUGACGGUCGGGGACUCACCCAACGCAGACAUUGUGAAAAAAGAACUUCUUGUUGUGAACGAAGGCAUUCAGGAAAAGAUGAAUUUUACUGUAUGUCUUGAUCCAAACAACCAAAUGGAAAACUGCAUCCAGGGCAAAGAAGUGAAACACACAGCACGUCUAAAUGUUGGUGACUCGCCGUCCGUGAAAAUGGAAGUAGAACUACCAUUGCCAGUGACAGCUUUGCCUGGAACUGCGACUGCAAACGCAUACAUUAAAAGUAAUCUUAUGGGUGAACCGGUAAACUGUGUACUGGAAGGCGUGGACAAGAUGUUUCAUGAGCCCAUUGGCUGUGGUGAACAAAACAUGUUACGCACAGCGCCCAUUGUCUACGGGAUGUACUUCCUGAAACAGACAGGGACCAUGGAGGCAAAACAUGAGGACUCAGGAACGACAAAAAUGAGAAAUGGUAUCACAAGACAAAUAUCAAUGUACCACAACGAAGAUGGAUCAUUUACAGUCUGGAAAAGUUACCCGAGCAGUUUAUGGCUGACAGCGUUUGUUGCCAAAGUAUUUUGUCAGGCAGAACAUGUUGUUCAGGGAAUUGCCGGAAGAGAUGUCAUUCAAAAGACAUUGUCUUACAUUGCCCAAAAUAAUAAAGAGGGAUCUGGGGAUUAUCGGGACGACCAUCCAGUUUAUCAUCGUGAAAUGCAGGGUGUUUUAGCCCAAGUAGACAGAAAAUUAGAUCCCUCGUUAACUGCAUUUUUUCUGACCUCAUUGCAAGAAUGCACUGAUCGAACACAGGAGGUCGAAAUAUCUGUACGUCGUGCCAUGAGUGCUCUUGAGCGAGUUCCAAAUAAUAUUAUACAAAUUAAUCCGUACUUACUGGCAAUUUCAACCUACGCGCUGGCAUUAUCUAACAGUUCCAAAAAGGAAAAAUUUAAGGAUAAGUUGUAUGCCAUCAGAAGGGACAUAGGAGGAGGAAUGUUCUGGUCAAAUCAUAACGGCGCUCCUAACGCUUAUGAUGUGGAGACGACAGCAUAUGCUCUUCUGGCGUUCUUGAAAUUCGAUGACUUUAAGACAUGUCAUAAGAUAGUGGCAUGGUUGACCCAACAAAAUAGUGCAAUUGGAGUGUGGCAUACAACACAGGAUACUGUUGUCGCCAUGCAAGCCCUCGCGACGUACAGCGCACGCACAUACAAUCCAGACACAAACCUCAAAGUGAAAAUUGAAAAAGCAAGUGCUGCUUGGAAAAAAGAAACUAUUGUAAACAGUGAAACGUCACAAAUUCUCAUUCCAGCCCUUCCUGUGGAUAAAAACGACAGAAAAUUCGAUGUUACAGUCAGUGGACGGGGGUCGGGUGUUCUGAAGAUUGAAAUGUUUUACAACAGAAAGGCUCGGGACGACGAACUGGGUCCCUUUGAUAUCAGCCCGAUCAGUGUGAAGGAUGUUGUUCCCGCUACUGCAAACAAUCCAGAUGCGCAGGUUAUUCUUGCUGGAAGGCAGUGUGACGUGUGUGGGUAUUGCAAUGAUCCUGUUGAUCCUGACUAUGAUGAUGAUAUGAUCAUGGACCGUAAAAAGCGACAGGCAAUACAAGGAGUGCUAAAUCAAAAAUGUAUUCAAUUCACAGUGCGGUCUAAGUCGGCCAGUAAUGACGCAGGUAUGUCUAUCGUGAGGGUCAACUUGGAGACAGGAGUCCGAGUUGUGGAAUCGGACUUGAUUAAGAUACAGAACAACAAGGUUUUGCCGCGCUAUGAGAUGCCGUCGGACGAUCAAGGAUUUAUCAUCCUUUACCUGAACAGUAUCACGAGUAAUCCAACCAACCUUAUAUUCAGACUAGAAGAUCAUUUUUCUGGCAACGAUUCAAGUCGUCAGCCCGCAUCUAUUAAGGUGUACGACUACUACAAACCAGAACGCUCCUGCAUGAAGCAGUAUGGCAUUGGCCAGAAUCAUGGACAGGAAAUAAAGUACAAGUGUGACGACGGGAGCGACCAGUGUCAAUGCAUGCAAAGCCAGUGUAUAAAGCAAGUUAAUCAGGAGCUGUUCGAUAUGGCUUUGAAAGUCAAUCAGGCGAGUCCGGCUCAACGAAAGAAUCUUCCCAAACCAGUCGAGGCAUUGAUGAUGGACUACGCGUGCAACUUUGAGAAAGCUAACUAUGGUAUAGUAGUCCAAAAAUUUUACACAUUUUGCAGGUCGUCGGAAAAAUGAUAUGACACAAUUUCCAUUACACAAACUCUAGAAUCACUGGCAAAUUGUGGUAAAUAGGGUGUUUCGUUUACUUUCAUAACAAUCAUUUAAACCCGCUCAUGCCAUUAAUUAUUAAGGUCCCCAACGUGUAGAUACACUAUUGACGAUGUCGUUAGAUAUAUAUUUACGACUCGUGAAAUAGCCUGUUUGUAUGAUUUUUACUAGUUUGAUCAUAUCAAGUGUUCCUUCAGUGCGCAAUUACGUCGAAGAAAGCGGCCAACUUUCAAGGCCUUUUUUUCUUCUGUUUUUUUACUAAGUAGGAUUGGUUUGAAAUAAAAUAGUUGCCUUAUCAGAAAUUGCGGUAAAAAUGCGUUAUGUUAUUUACCUUAACC